AUAUGUCGUUUUUUAUAUUUCCGCAUCCGGUUGUUGCUUGCAGCAUGCUGUCUGAUUGGUCCAGUUUGAAAAUUAUACCGGCCAGGUUGUUUGGAACCAGAUCGAGAGGACUGCAGAUCAAUGUUUGUGUGAAUACAAAAAUACACAAGUGAUGGAUACGUGUUUGGACAAGAAACCAGAGAAAGUGGGACCGAUUGUGGUUGAGGAUUUGAGAGAGAAUUUGUUUGCUGAUUGUUGUGCAAUUCCAUCUGCAAUGCCACAGGAUUCUGUAUUAUUUGAGAAAGAGCAUCUGCGGGCCUACCUCAGGAUACGUCCCUUUACCGCAGAAGAGAAUGAAAGUGGUGAAUCUCAGGAAUGUGUCUCCAUGGAGCCACCAGACACCGUUUUACUCAGGGCACCUAGAACCUCUUUAUCAACCAGACGACAAACCAGUCACUCAGACGGUGACAAACCAGUCUCUCAGACAGCCCAACGAUUUCAGUUCACCCAGGUGUAUGGCCCUGACACUACACAGAGGCAGAUGUUUGAUGGCACAGUGAAACGUCUGGUAAGGGAUGUUCUAGAAGGAGGGAAUUCUGUUGUCUUCACAUAUGGAGUCACCAACGCUGGGAAGACAUUCACAUUACUCGGCCCUGAGAGUGAUGGUGGAAUUUUGCCAAGGUCGUUGAACGUGAUCUUCAACAGCAUUGAGGGCAGAGUCUACACGCGGAACGAUGUCAAACCACAUCGAUGCAGAGACUUCACCAGGCUCACAAAGUUCCAGCAAGAUGAAGAGACUACAAAUAAGCUAAACCUCUUGAGACUGUCAAAGGAGUGUGGUUUUCUGAAAAGUACGAUGAGCUCCACUUGCAGGUCAACAAUACUGGAGGGUUCUUCCUUAAGCGAUGUCAGUGAUCAGGGGGAAGGAGACAGGUUCUGCCUGGAUGUGGACUCUCACACUAAAUACUCUGUGUGGGUGUCCUUCUGUGAAAUCUACAAUGAGAAUAUCCACGACCUACUGGAGCCCAUUCCUAAUGGCUCACAUAGGAGAACCGUCCAUCGGCUGUCCCAGGACAUCAAUGGCAACACCUUUGUGAAAGCUCUAAAGUGGGUUCAAGUAAACAAUUUCGAGGAGGCGUACAAAAUCAUGAAGAUCGGAAAGAAGAACCAGAGUUUCUCCUGCACGAAGCUCAACAACGUCUCCAGCAGAAGCCAUAGCAUAUUCUCCAUUCGGAUCUUGCGUAUUGAAGAUGUUGGUGUACCCAGAGUCCACACAAUUAGCGAGUUGUCGUUGUGUGAUCUGGCUGGAUCGGAGAGAUGUGGAAGGACUCAGAAUAAAGGAGUGCAGCUAAAAGAGGCUGGCAACAUCAACACCUCAUUGCUGAUUCUGGGCAAAUGCAUCAACACUCUGAGGCUCAACCAGCAAGCCAAGUUCCGACAACAUGUGCCCUUCAGAGAGAGCAAGCUCACACACUACCUCCAGGGCUUUUUCUCUGGUAGAGGGAAAGCCUGCAUGAUCAUCAACAUCAACCAAUGCGCCUCCAUGUACGACGAGACGCUCAACGUCCUCAAGUUCUCCGCUGUCGCCCAAAAGGUGGUGGUCCUCAAUAUCAAACCAGUCCUUGCCAUUGCCCCAAAGAUAUCUGCCAGAGAGGUGUCCCUCAUCAUCAACAAUGCUGACUGCAAAGACCUAUGGAGUAGGAGGAAGAGCUCCAUGGUGGCUUGGGAAACCACUCUGGAGGAUUUGCAGGAAGAUGAGGAUGAUGAAGAGGAAAGUUGUGAUGAGGGAAUGGCAGAGGAAACCAUUCUUGAGGAACUAAAGCAGAAGCUUCUGAAGGAGGAAGCUGAGAAAUUGGCUUUGGAGUCUCACAUCCGUGAAGAGGUCACCAUCGAGUUCAUGGAGCUAUUCUCUAAAAUGGAAAGUGAUUACAACGAGCGUCUUGCGAAAGAGAGGGAGAUCACAGAGGACCGAGUGGACAAGAGGUUGGAAAUCCUGAAAAAUUUAGUCGGCAAGAGUGUCAGCGAGUGUGCAAGUGUCUCUUGUGACAAGGAAACAACAAGGGAGGAUAAGGUAGGGCUCUUGGAGGGGAUCGUUGACACUAUGCGAGACGACCUGGCUAGAAUCAGGAGGGAUGCGGAGGCUGCACAGACCUGCCUGGUGGACCUUCCUGAGUCACCUGGCACUGUGGCCAGCCUGAUGAAGCAAGUGGAUGACUUAUCAGAGGAGCUCCUCAAGACCCAACAGCAACUCAAACUCAAAACCAAUGAAAUGGCCGAAAUGAGCAUUGAAAUGAAAACAUUGUGCGGACAGCUAGAGGAAGCGAAGGAGAAUUUGGAAUCUCAGAUGCAGAAUUUUGAGGCCUUCGUGGAAACCUGCCAUGAGAAAGACAAUGUGAUAACCAAGCUGCAGGAAGCAAUGGACCAGAAUAGUGAGGCUUCAACUAGGGAUAGGGCCUUGGUUGACUCCAUCAAGGAGGAGAUCCUGAGCUUGAAACAGAAUUGUAAAUGUAUGAGCCGGGACAGUCCCAGUUCUGAGGAGGGCAGAAAACGCCAUGCAGUCCUGGAAGAGCUUGAUGAUCAGCCUGCCCUGAAGAAAGGGAGUCUUGAGGUCGAGCGUCUCAUUCUGGCAGACGAGUUGGAGAAACUCCAGGUGGUAUGUCGCCAAAAAGACAUAACCAUUUCACAGUUAAAAGAAGAAAACGAGGCGACGGUUCAGAAGUUGGAGACGGUCAAAGGAGAGAUAAAGAACGAAGUCGCUGAAGAGCUCAAACGUGAGAGGGUUUCAUUCGAACAUACUGUCCAGAAGCUCAGCGAUGAUCUGGAGGAGCAGACUGAUUGUUGUGAAGCUGUUAUGGCCUCGCUGGAGAAAGAGAGGAAAGAGACAGCCAGGCUCUCCAAAGACAACAAAGCUCUGGUCAACGGCAUCUUCCAGCUCCAGCAGACAUCAUUGAAAGUGGAGUCUUCGGUGAAAACUCUCCAAACAGAACUUACCGAACAGACUGAGAGGUCCGCCAAGCUUCCAGAGGAGCUAGAAGCAGCCAGAGCACUCUCGAAGGGUCUUAAAGACAAAUCCAACCAAAAAUACCAAACCAUUGAGUCCUUGACUUUGGAAACAGAACGACUCCGGAAGGAUACGGAGGAACUGAAGGUCUCUUCUGCACAGAGGAACAACUCCAAGUUCCAUGACACCAUAGAUGCCAUGAAGAGGCAGUGUGAGAUCUUGGUGGAGAAGUCGGUUCAGAAGAGCCAGCGGAUAGCUGACCUGGAGCAGGAGCUCAACCAGGUCAGAGAGCAGCUCUCUGGACAGGAGGAACUCUGCAACCAGCUGGAGACACAGUGGUCGGAGGCCCAAUUCAACCUACAGGGCUACGAAUUAGAGAACGGGGCUUCAAACGAAAUUAUGAAGAGUUACGCCGACCUCAAAAAGGUGUCAGGCCACCAGAAGGAGCAGAUCGUGGACCUGGAGGUGCAGGUGCAGGCCUCUGGAGGCAGCUCUGAGAGGGUUGUAGAGUUGGAGAAGCAGCUGGCUGAGAUGAAGGCCCAGUGCAGAGCGCUGCAAGAGAGACUAGAAGAGGCUCAACGGAAACUGGAGGAGGUGGAGAGUCAUGGAAAGUCCAAGGAAAAGGUGAUUGAAGACAUGCGUCUUGCACUGACAGAGCAGGAGAGGACACAGACCGAACAAGAGCAGAUUCUGGAAGCCAAGAUGAAAGAGAUUGAGGCUUUAAGUGAAGAGCUGACAAGUUUGAAGGGUGGCUGCCUACAGAAAAACACAAACGGUGCCAAGUCCUCCCAUGUCCUCGUCGACUGUCCCGGCCAGUGUGAGAACGUGAAGUGGGAAUGUCAACGGACCGAAGAGAGCUUGAGGCUGUCUAAUGAACAGUAUGAGUCGGAGAGGUGGCUUGAAGACAAGGCCAUUCUGAUGAAGGUAGCCAAUGGGCCAGAGGAGGAGAAGAGUCCGUGCCUGGCCCUGGAGUUCUUGAGAGGGUGUUCAGAAGAGCUCCGCUGUAGUCAGCUGCAGACUGAAGAGGAGACCUUGCCAAAGCAGCCCUCUGAGAAAGAAGAGAGCAGGGAGGAGAGUGGCUCUCUAGUCGAGGCCCUCAAAUUAGAGAUGCAGAAAUUCCAGGAGAGGAAAGCAGACAAAGAGAGAGAGCUCAACAAGCACGCCAACUUCCAAACACAAGAGGAACUGGACUUCUCGGAGGUGUCCACAGACGGCAGCCGAGAGCAUCGCUUCCCCAAACCAGAGCUGGAGAUCCAAUUCACCACUCUGCAACCCAACAAGCUGAACAUCCGGAGGCAGGGAGAGGACAAAAUCACCCGCUCAGCCAGGAAGAGAAAAGGCAACGAGAUGGAGAAGGACCCUGUGGAAAGUGAAAACAAAAAGAAUAUAAAGUUGAGGAGGGACAACAGAGUGAACAUGCAGUCGCCCGUGCUCUGUGUCAAAGCAGACCAGAAGAAGCAACAGACCCCAGCAAGUCUGAAAUGCAAAAAGGAUGGAACCCUCCAGAAGAUUGGAGACUUCAUCCAGAGUUCCCCAAGUCUGCUCGGAAGCAAAGCGAAGACAAUUAUGGGGAUUGUAAGUAGAAGACCUACAGAGCGAGAGAAAGACACAGCAGUGAAACCGAAGAGGACCAAGAGGAAACUGUACAAGACCGACAUCUCCUCCCCUUUGGACAUCCCGUCUCAUCUGAUCCUUGGUCUUGAUCAAGAUGAGAGAAAGCAACCGUCUCAUUAUCAAGAGGCAGCUACGGUCGAGAACAGCAAGGAAAUUAUUACAAACUUGGUCCAAAGUGUCUGAGAGUUUAUUUCUUACUCUCUCAUACAUACAUACAUACAUACAUACAUACAUACAUACAUACAUACAUACAUACAUACAUACAUACAUACAUACAGUGGGGCAAAAAAGUAUUUAGUCAGCCACCAAUUGUGCAAGUUCUCCCACUUAAAAAGAUGAGAGGCCUGUAAUUUUCAUCAUAGGUACACUUCAACUAUGACAGACAAAAACAAAUAAAAAAUCCAGUAAAUCACAUUGUAGGAUGGCAUGGCAUAUAUUAGGAUUUUUUAUGAAUUUAUUUGCAAAUUAUGGUGAAAAAUAAGCAUUUGGUCAAUAACAAAAGUGUAUCUCAAUACUUUGUUAUAUACCCUUUGUUGGCAAUGAGAGAGGUCAAACGUUUUCUGUAAGUCUUCAAGGUUUUCACAUACUAUUGCUGGUAUUUUGGCCCAUUCCUUCAUACAGAUCUCCUCUAGAGCAGUGAUGUUUUGGGGCUGUUGCUGGGCAACACAGACUUUCAACUCCCUCCAAAGAUUUUCUAUGAGGUUGAGAUCUGGAGACUGGCUAGGCCACUCCGGGACCUUGAAAUGCUUCUUGCGAAGCUACUCCUUCGUUGCCCAGGCGGUAUGUUUGGUAUCAUUGUCAUGAUGAACGACCCAGCCACGUUUCAUCUUCAAUGCCCUUGCUGAUGGAAGGAGGUUUUCACUCAAAAUCUCACAAUACAUGGCCCCAUUCUUUCCUUUACACGGAUCAGUCGUCCAGGUCCUUUUGUAGAAAAACAGCCCCAAAGCAUGAUGUUUCCACCCCCAUGCUUCACAGUAGGUAUGGUGUUCUUUGGGUGCAACUCAGCAUUCUUUGUCCUCCAAACAUGACGAGUGUGUACCUAUGAUGAAAAUUACAGGCCUCUCAUCUUUUUAAGUGGGAGAUCUUGCACAAUUGGUGGCUGACUAAAUGCUUUUUUGCCCCACUGUAUAGACAUAUAUAAUUUUAAAAAAUGACCCUCUUUUGGAAAUCAGUGUUUUGGUUUUCUAACAACCUAUGUACGUAUGUGAUUACUGUCAUUUUGUUUCUCAUUUUCCAUUAUGUUUGAGAGAAAAAAACUGAAUUGUGCUUUUUAGAAGAAAUUAUUUUUAUAUUGACAAAAAAGUGUACACACUACAGGGAACAUGGCAAAUGCCAUACGUUUUUGUCAAUGUACAUUGGCGAUGCAGCCCGUGAUCAGAGAGCAGUACACAUGGGACACAUUGGGGGAUAGAGUAGGCGUGGUUUAAUCCUGCUCGACUGGGGCCAAGUGUAUGUCACGGUCAUUUAUUCUCAGUGGCACCCAGGUGUGGCUGUCAUCUAAGGAGAGUGAUACAUUUCAACUCUCACCCCUCGCCCCCUCUCUGUGGUGGGCCCCUGACAGGUCCCACUCACAGCCAGUCAGGUUCAGCCUCCGGUGGGCAAUUAAUGGGACAUUGGCCAGUGUUUGUGUCUGUCAUUGCUGUUGUCAUUGAAAACAUGUUUCCAAUGAUUACAUGCUUUUUGUUCUCUGCAAUACUCGGCUGUUGUUUUUUGUCGUCUUGUCCCCUUGCAUGUUGGGUUUGAUGUGCUUCUCGAAGUCUUAAGCCUCCUUAGCAGUGGAAAACAUUUGUUGUGUUCUGGAAGGUUAAGGUGAGCUUUGAUGGGUGGAUGAAGCCACAGCUCAGGUUUAGCUUGCAUAGUUGGGAUCUCACCAUGUUGUAGGUCACCUUCUGUUUUGGCACUCAGGUCUGGGUAUAUGCGGCUCCUCUUCCCUGCAUAUUUUGUAAGUCAGACCUCCAGAUUCCGCUUCAAGGCAAACAAUUCGUCUCUUGACUUCAAAGCUCUGGAUCCAUACAAUCAUACAGCCAGAGCCAUUGCAGAUUUGACCGGUGCGGUGCGCAAUGUUAAUCAGCGGCAUGGGAACCAGCUACUCCAGCCGAACAGUUUAUAUAAAAGAUUGCUCAUGAAGAAAGUUGAGUUGCCUGCUUCCACACCAAUUUCAAGUUCUGUGACCCGCACAUUGAAUUUAUAGGAAUUAUUUUAGAGCGAUUCUGUUUUUUAGGAGUUUGAUUAUCCUUUCCAACUUAGCUUGUGCUGUUUCCAGGUCAUGGAGUCGGACCUCUGUUGGAUUGGCUCUCUCCUCUAGACUUUCCACUUUGGUUGAAUAGGGAUCAACCAUUAAUUAAUUUACCGGUUUUAAUUGUAAAUUGAGGGCAGAGAUAGUCAAUCUCCUUACCAACUAUCAAGUAUUGAGAGUCGCCAAGUUCCCACAGUUGAAUUGUGGACAGACAAAUUCUACCUGCUGGAGCCUAAAUAGACCUGCUAGUUAUUGCUUGUCACGAAAUGAAUGUCCUACACCUUAAUAUGAUGACAAGUUUUAGGAAAUAAGUAAUUUAAUUCAUAGUAAUUUCCAAAAGAAAAGACACGAAUAGGCCACCCGUUUCAAUACAUGCCACCGGAACCAGAAAUGAAUUGUACAGCUCUGAUUGUAAAUCCUCACCAAGCCAGAUUGAGUCCUUUUGAAAAGAUAUAAGAACUCCUCUUCUCUCAACUGAGGAAGCCAGCGUACCCAAAUCUCUCUCCAUGAACUCAAAAGGGUAUUGUAUAACAUGAAUAAAGGCAAAUGGCUCCUGAGGUAUAUUUUAAACAUUUUGGAACCAAUUGGGUCCACUGAAAUGAUGAACACAGCCGUUCAUUUGGACUGGAUGUAAAUGCAGCCCUAAUUCAGCUUUUAUUAACUAAACAUAAGGAUGCCACCCAGUGCUCUCACUAUCGUCCUCUAUCUUUGGUAUACACGGAUAUUAAACCAUUUUCCAAAAUUCUGCCAUCCCACCUUGAAACUUACCCAAAUUGGUACAUUUGUACCAAAGCAGGUUUGUUAAGCUAUUAUCCUCAGAUAACCUCCGUCUAUUACAUAUCUUAUAUGCUUCAUCAGAAGCCAAAACUCCAAUCUCUCGUCGCAUAAAAAGCUUUUGAUAGACUAGAGUGGUAAUAUCUUUGGUCGGUUUUGGAACAUAUGGGACUUGACUCCAAUUUCAUUAAUAUGAUUAAAAUAUUACAGAAUUGGUUUUGUUCCCCACAAAGGGGCUUUAUUACAGACUGUCCUGGUGGCUGGUCUCAGAUGAUCCUGCAAGUGAAGCCGGACGUGAACAUUAAAUUCUUCCUGUUGAAUCAGCUUCUUGAUAUGCCACACCUGUCAGGAGGAUGGAAUACCCAUUAACAGGGAUGUAAACACAUUUGUGCACAAAUUUUGAGUGAAAUCAGCUUUUUGGAACCUUUCUGGGAUCUCUUUUUUUUUUUUUUAGCUCAUGAAACAUGGGACCAACACUUUACCUGUUGCGUUUAUAUUUUUGUUCAGUAUACACUACCAAUCAAAAGUAUUAGAACACCUACUUAUUCUAGGGUUUUUCUCUAUUUUUACCAUUUUCUACAUGUGGAAACUCCUUCAAGGCCAGCAUCCCAGAGUCACCUCUUCACUGUUGAUGUUGAGACUGGUGUUUUGCGGGUACUAUUUAAUAAAGCUGCCAGUUGAGGACUU